AUGCAUGGCUUGCUGUUGCAUCGCAUAAUUCGCCAUAGGCCUGCAUUCCAGGUCCUACGUCCAACAUGUCAACGCUUCUACUCGAAGAAAUCGUCCACCGAGAAACUGAAAGCUGCCGAUCCUGCACGCAACAUUGAUCUCGAAUCGUUUCCUGCAGAGAACAUACGAAACUUUAGUAUCAUUGCACAUAUCGAUCAUGGCAAAAGUACACUCGCUGACAGAUUAUUGGAGUUGACGAAGACCAUAUCAGCAACAUCAUCCAACAAGCAAGUACUCGAUAAGCUCAAGGUGGAAAGGGAACGGGGUAUUACAGUCAAGGCACAGACCGUAUCCAUGUUUUACAAUUACAAGGGCAAGGACUAUCUACUCAAUUUGAUCGACACUCCAGGUCACGUGGAUUUCAGCUAUGAGGUGUCCCGAUCACUGGCUGCAUGUCAAGGAACGCUGUUGCUGGUAGACGCUGCACAAGGAAUACAAGCUCAAACUGUGGCAAACUUCUAUCUUGCUUUUGGUGAAGGAUUGCAUAUCAUUCCAGUGCUAAACAAAGUGGAUCUCCCUGGCGCCGAACCUGAGAGGGCCAUGCAACAAAUACAAAGCGCUUUCGAAUUGGAUACAUCAUCGAUUUUAAAGAUCUCGGCAAAAACAGGCUUGAAUGUUGACACUGUAUUACCGAGGAUCAUUGAAGAUAUACCACCCCCACCGGGAUCACGCGACAAACCAUUUCGUGCGCUAUUAUUCGAUUCGUGGUAUGACCAAUAUGUUGGUGUGGUGUGCCUAGUGCGUGUAGUGGAUGGAAAGAUUCGCAAAGGUGACAAAAUUGCAUUCGUCCAUUCCGAUUCAAAAUACGAUGUAUCCGAGGUUGGAAUCAUGCAUCCUGAACAACUUCCCACUGGAUAUUUGCAUGCUGGACAAGUUGGCUAUGUGAUCUGUGGUAUGAAAUCAGCAUCCGAAGCUCAUGUUGGCGAUACCUUUUAUCAUAUCGGCAAACCAGUCGAAGCAUUACCUGGUUUCCAACCUGCACAAUCAAUGGUCUUUGCUGGUAUUUUCCCUGUUGAUACGAAUGAUUUUCGUCGGCUGGAUGAAUCGAUCACCAAGUUGACAUUGAACGAUGCCAGCGUAUCGGUACAUAAGGAGACAAGUCAUGCUCUUGGGCAAGGAUGGCGUCUAGGAUUUCUUGGUACACUCCACAUGGAUGUCUUUCGACAACGGUUGGAAAAUGAAUAUGAUGCCAGUAUCAUUGUCACACAACCUACUGUCCCUUACAGGAUCGUCUAUCGCGACAAAACAACCAAGAUUGUUCGCAACCCAUCCGAUUUUCCUGAUGCAGAUGAACGUGCACUAAAAGUUGCAAGGCUGGAAGAGCCCAUGGUUUUGGCCACUUUGAUCUUUCCAGAGGACUACAUGGGUAAAAUGAUCGAGCUUUGCGGGAGUCGCCGUGGAGAACAACGUGAAUACGUCUUUGUGGAUGAGACCCGAGUGAUGAUGAAGUAUAUGAUGCCACUUGCCGAGGUAGUCACCGACUUUUACGAUGAGCUGAAGAGCCGGUCUUCUGGAUAUGCCACGUUUGACUACGAGGAUGCUGGUUAUGAAGAAAGUGAUUUAGUCAAGAUGACGGUGUUGCUGAAUCAUAAACCGGUGGAUGCCCUAUCUAUUAUUCUACAUCGUUCGCAAGUUGAUGUCGUUGGUCGUGAUUGGGUGAAACGCCUCAAGAACGUAAUCCAAAAGCAGCUUUUCGAAGUCGUUAUUCAAACAGCUUUGGGGCACAAGAUCGUGGCCAGAGAAACAAUCCCGGCUCUGAGGAAGAACGUCACUGCAAAAUGCUAUGGUGGUGAUGUCUCCCGGAAAAUGAAGCUUCUUCAAAAACAAAAGGAAGGGAAAAAGCGUAUGAAGAUGAUCGGUAAUGUCGAGAUUCCCCAAAAGGCCUUCUACGAUUUCCUGGAUAAGAAAUCUUGA